AGUUAUCCUUUUUCCACCGAAGAUUCAAACCGAAUUAGAUUUGAGGCAUGACCAACUCUCAUAGUAAAAACAUCAUGUCCAUUUCUGGACAUUUUUCAACCAAGUCUGUAGUUUUAUACUUUUUUUAGUUCUUUUCAUGAAAUGAACAAUUUGAAAAAAAUUAACAAAAUACCAACAAAAAAUUACUCCGUAUUAAACAUCACUAAUAUUUAUUGUUUUUUAAAAAGUUAAAUUAGGUGAACCAUACCCUUUAUUGAAAUCAAGCUUUCAAUAGUAUUUUUUUUUUUUUUGAAGGGGGUUCCCAUAGUUUAGCAAAAUCUUUUUGUUCGUAACAUUGUGUAACAAGGGAUACUAAUUACAAACGCUCAAAUCAGGAUAGAAGAGUGAUAGAAUGGGCUAAGUGAUACCAUAUGAUAGUAAGAUGAAGGGGUACAAUUAAAAAAUAUGAUAGUUUAAGGGGCAAGUUGUAAUUAACGUUAAGGGGUCGUGUCUCGUGUCUCGUGUCUGCAUCAUCACUCUUGUCAAAACUAGCCGUUAUCGUUAGGUGGCACCCACUGGCCUCAACGCGCUCUUCUUGUCUCACUUCUCCAGAAACCUUAACCCAGCUCCUUACCUCUCUCUCUCUCCCUCCCCAAACCCUGGAAAGAUGUUCACCGAGGGUCUAGACCAAAGCGCAAUCAACUGGAUCAAACAGGGAUCUGAGGUUGAACAGAACCAUGCUCGAUCGCCAUUAACCGAAAAAAUCGGUCUUCCAUUCCCCUUACCGAGAUCACCCCUUGCUUUCAAUAGUCCAACUUACAAGUCUACCCAUGUUUUGCCCCCAUUGAAAUUCCACUCUGGCCUACUCGGACCUCGUAAUCCGGCCACUCUUAGUCUGGAUAGCAAUGAGGAAGAAGAAGAAGAUGAUGAUGAGAGUGUGGCCUCGGCCCCAGAUGAUUCGGGUGGGGCCGAUUCCGGCUGGAAUUAUUCGGAGGAGGGGAGUUUGAGAUAUAGUGAUGUUGAGUAUCUGGAAAAGCCAGUUGAGAAACGGUACGAUGAAGAAAUGUUUGGUUCAAAGUUGAACACAAAGUUGAACCAUAAAGUGUCUAGCUUGAAUAAAGGGGUUUUGAAGGAGGGUCUUCGGGUUGAAGUGCCAGGAAAUUACAGGAGAUUUACCGAUGGUGAGUUGGGUUUUGGAGGAGGUGCAUAUCAGAAAACAGUAGGAGGUGGCAGCUGUCAACUGCGCGAAAAAGUUCAGUUGCACAAUGCAUAUGGUACUCCCAUUAGUGACAGUAUCCAGAAUAAUGUGGUUGACUUGGGAACGCCAAGUGCACCUCCAAUUGUUGAUAUUGGGAGAGAGGAAAACAGUUCUGGAGCUGAAAGUGAACCAAGAGAAGAUUCUGGAGGCUUGAAUGGAAGGGAGAGAAGUUUUGGUGAUGAGAUGCCAAUAUCUAAUGAAUCAGCAGAUCGUUUCCACGGUAAUAGAGAGGUCUCCUCUGACUGGAGAGUAAAAUCUACGAAAGAAGAACAUGUUGAGAGGGAAAACAAAAAAGUAGCUGGAGAUAAGGAAGCACUGGGCUCUUAUGGGCAAACCAACUUGUGUGAUAAUUCACCCUAUUAUGACACCAGUGGUCAAAAUGCAUGGCAAACUCUAAUAGCUUAUGAUGCAUGCAUUCGCCUUUGCUUAAAUGCCUGGGCAAGAGGCUGCAUGGAGGCACCUGAGUUCCUACACGAUGAGUGCUUGGUUCUCCGGAGUGCAUUUGGGCUCCACAAACUUUUAUUGCAACCUCGAGGUGUUCAAUCAUUGGGAAGGAUUGAUACUGCAAAUACAGAACAAUCAUGCCCUUUGAAAGUAAAGAAAAUAGUUGGAAAGGUCAGAGUUGAAGUGAAAAAGCUGCGCAUAAUACCAAGGAGGAAGCUUAAGAGCACAUACUCAAGUACAAUCUAUAUGCAAGUCGGCACAGAAUAUGUCCGUCAUGUUUCAUCACUUGUGAAAACUAGCAUCAAUUCUCUUGGAAUUGCCUCCCUUUCAGUGGCAUCGGAAGAGCGAUUGUCAUGCCUAUUUCACCUGAAGAGUUCUCUCGAAGAUAGUCAAGUGGAACCAGGAUCUUCUAUCUGCUUGAGGCCUGGAACUGGAGAUUACCAUGAAUUUUUUCCAGAUAACCAAGGUGAUGCUCUUUUGCUGGAAGUCCGGGAUACAAAGAAAACUAUUAAAGGUCGAGCUGUGAUACCAAUUGCAUCCUUGACUGACAAUCCUAAUGACAGAAUUCGGUGGUGGCCAAUUUACCAUGACGAUCAGGAAUGUGUUGGAAAGAUCCAGCUCUCCAUUGGUAGUACAAUUAGAUGUGACGAGACUGCCCACAUCAAGAGUGGACCUAUUGUGGAAACCCUGGCAUAUGAUCUGUUGCUGGAGGCUGCCAUGCGUGGACAACAUUUUCAUGCACGAAACUUGAGAACAGAAGGUUCUUGGAAAUGGCUGUUGCUCGAGUUUGCUGACUACUAUGGAGUUUCAGAUUCUUACAGUAAGCUAAGAUAUCUUUCAUAUGUCAUGAAUGUGGCAACUCCUACAGAAGAUUGCUUAGAGCUUGUGUACGAGUUGCUUGAGCCCAUUAUGGAGGCCAGGACUGGAAAGAGCCUAACUAGACAAGAGAAAAGUAUAUUGCUGGAUUGUGAAACCCAAGUUGAGAGUCUCUUGGAAACAGUCUUUGAGAACUACAAAUCAUUGGAUGAGAACUCUCCAACUGGUUUAGCUGAUACUUUUGGUUCCACACCAGAGGUUGCUGCACCAGCUUUAGCGCCUGCUGUGCAAAUAUUCAUCCUUCUUCAUGAUAUACUUUCUCAAGAUGCACAGUCAAUGUUGAGAAACUAUCUACAGGCAGCAGCAGCAAAGAGGUGCCGGAAGCACAUGUUAGAGACUGAUGAAUUUGUGUCAAAUAAUUCUGACAGUUUUCUUAUUGAUUCCAUUACAAUCACCACAGCAUAUUCGAAGAUGAAGAACCUUUGCACAAACUUAGUCAAUGAAAUUCAGGCAGAUAUUAAGAUCAACAAUCAGCACAUACUCCCCAGUUCGAUUGACCUAUCAAGUAUCACCGCAGCUGUCUACAGCACUGAGUUGUGCAAGAGGCUUAGAGGUUUUCUUGCUACAUGGCCUCCGUCGAGCCCUCAGUCACAUGUAAAUGAACUUUUGAUAGCGACUGCUGAUUUCCAAAGGAAUCUUGAAUCGUGGAAUGUCAGUCCAAUGCAUGGUGGGGUAGAGGCCAGAAAUUUGUACCACGAUUAUAUAAUGGUUUGGAUACAGGAUAUGCAGCUCAACUUACUUGAACUUUGCAAAGCAGAGAAGGUUCCAUGGUCUGGAGUUCUUACUAAUCAUUCUACCUCACCAUUUGCUGAGGAGAUGUAUGAGAAAAUCAAAGAAAUGCUUAUUGAGUACGAAGUUGUGAUGAACCGAUGGCCUCAAUAUUCAUUAAUAGUGGAGAAUGCUGUUGCAAAUGUGGAACGAGCCAUUAUAAAAGCACUGGAAAAGCAGUACAGUGAUAUCUUGGCUCCUUUGAAAGAUAGCAUUCCGAAAAGGCUUGGGAUGCAAGUUCAGAAAAUAACGGGAAGACAAUCAACUGCUCUUUACUCCAUUCCUAGUCAACUGGGAACUUUUUUGAACACCAUCAAGAGAAUUCUUGAUGUUUUACAUUGCAAGGUUGAAGACAUUUUGAAGUCUUGGGCAUCCUAUCUUCCUGUCGUCGGAGACAAGAAGUCCCUUUUUGGGGAGCAGAUGAAUGCAAUAACAGUUCUGUUGAGAACAAAAUACAAAAACUACAUGCAGGCAACAGUAGUGGAGCUAGUCAACAAUAUGCAAGCUAAUAGGAAUACACGGCUCAAAAGGAUUCUAGAGGAAACAAAGGAAGCAGAUGGAGAAGCUGAGGUCCGCGAAAGAAUGCAAAUGCUAAGUUCACAGCUCAUCGACUCCAUAUCAAACUUGCAUGAGGUCUUUAGUAGCCAUAUAUUCAUUGCAACCUGUCGUGGCUUUUGGGACAAAAUGGGACAGGUUGUGUUGAGGUUUCUGGAGGGCAGAAAAGAAAAUCGAGUCUGGUACAAUGGCUCUUAUUAUGCUCUGGGGAUCUUGGAUGAUACUUUCGCUUCCCAGAUGCAACGGUUGCAAGGAAAUUCACUCCAAGACAAAGAUUUGGAGCCCCCUCGUUCAAUUAUAGAAGCUCGAUCCAUACUUUGUCGAGAUACAACGAAUGCAACAGAUUCAUCCACUUACUUGUAUAUCUAGAGCUAAUCAUUGUUGCCUCUUUGUUGUAAUAAUAGCAUACGAGUAUAUAUAGAGAUGUGAUUUUGAUGUAAUACACCAAGGGAAAUGAUAAUGCCAAAACAGCUUUUGUUUGUACCAAAAUUAUAAUGCAUAAAAGCCUUGUACCUUACAAAUGGUACAAAAAACUUAUGCUCUACAAUUUUGAUAUAAACAAAAACAGUUUUGGCAUUAGCAACACCCAAUAUUGGCCAAUUCAUUGUGCAAUGUACUGCUGCUCCAAUAUCAAUAAAAGAUAGUCAAAUCUUUGUCCCA